AGCACUACUGGAACCACACGAGCGACAACAAGAAGCAGUUCCUUGUCGUGGCUUCCGACGAUUUCAGGCACAGCAUGCGCAUACCGCAGGAGGUUGGAAGCCAUCUGAGGAAAAUGAUCCCUGAAUCUGAGCUUGUCAAACUAGAAGAUCCCAAUGGCAGUGUAUACCCCGUUGAAGUUAGUAGGGAGCUCGGAGCUAUAGUUCUUAGGUCUGGAUGGAAUGGAUUUGUGAAUGCGCAUCACAUAGAAGAAAAUAACUCCAUUCUGUUUGUGUACCGUGGGAACUCCAGCUUUAAGGUUCACGUAUUCAAUUCAGUCGGUCAUGAGAAGUACUUGUCCUGUUCUAAACCACCAUCUGGGAUAUUUGGAGCAGUUCCUCCUCAUGCUCCUUGUGAUCAUCAUGUUCUGAAUGAACAAGUGGUGCCUAAUGUAGGACAUGCUCAGACCUCCACUGACUUUGACUAUACCAUUUUACCUGAGUGCCGUCUAACAAUGGCACAAGAUGAGAAAGUAGUACAAAUGGCUCACACCAUCAGGUCUGAAGUUCCUCUGUAUGUGGCAGUCAUGAACAAGAGCAAUGUCUGCUUGAAGAACUGCUAUGUUUACAUACCACUGAGACUUGUGGAUAAUUUCAAAGAGGAGAUUGCUAUAUAUACUGUUCAACUUCAAGACCCUGACAAACCUGUAUGCGUUGUGGGAGCAAAGAAGCACAGUGAUGAUCUAAUAGUCCUAAAAUCUGGGUGGAAUACUUUCGUAGCUUCUCAGUGCAUACAAGAGAAUGACAUCCUCAUUUUCAGAAGUAAGGAGAAAACUUGCCUGGAAGUUUUCAUCCUUGACCCAAGCGGUCGUGGGAAAAUCUCUUCAUGUUCUGCCAUGGGAAAUCGUUCUUCCAGUGCCCAGGAAAUGCCUGAUGAUUCAGCGCAAAUUGUUUGUUCACCCCCACCUCAUAUCAUUGACUUGACCAAUUCUGAUGACGAUGACAUCGUGAGAGAAGGCGUGAGAAAAUCUUGCAGGGUGCAAAAUCGGGUGAAACGCAGUACUGCAAAAACUCAGAAGAUGGCUUCAACAUCAUCCCCUUCUACUAAAUCAGGAUACGGAGCUCGCAAGCCGCAUGAUCGGGCAUCUGUGAAGCUUGAAGUCAGUUCUGAACCUUUGUCCAACAACCUCCAGGGGCCUUUCCGACGGCCCUACAUUGUAGCCCGGCAGACAACUCUACCUAUGCAAGUGAAGCGGAAAGUUGAGGAGAAAGUCCAUGCAAUUGGAUCUGAACUUCCUAUUUUUGUGAAAGAGAUGACCACUACAAAUAUUGAUGGUGGCAGCCACACCCCGGGUGAAAUGGGUUUCGGCAUGGUGUAUGCUUCUGCAUGUCUCCCGGACAAGACACAGCCUGUCCUGCUUCAGCUGGAGGAUAGGAAGAAGCAGUGGCACGCCAUGUUGAGCGUCUCGUCUCGCAACCAGAGGCGGCUUCACAAUGGCUGGAAGGAAUUCGUUGAGGAAAACCAGCUGAAGGUGAGAGACAUCUGCCUCUUCGAGGUGUCAAGCAGGAACAGUACGAGCCUCACGAUGACGGUCCAUCUGGUCCGCUCAGUCGGAAGCGGAGCCGUAGCUCUCAGUCAUGCCAUGGAUCCUUUAUCUGUGGUUCUGUAAUGUGGCAUUGAACUCUGAAACCCUGCCCGUGAG